UCUUCCGCCCGUCGCGCGCAUGCUCAGGUCUCUUUUCCACUCGGCUUGCGAAGAUGGCGGAUGCACAAACUGAGAGGGCUUAUCAGAAACAGCCCACCAUCUUCCAGAACAAAAAGCGUGUUCUGGCCACUGAUGGUGGCAAAGAGGCCAAGGAAAAACUCCCCCGCUACCACAAGAGCGUCGGGCUGGGCUUCAAAACCCCAAGAGAGGCUAUUGAAGGCACUUACAUUGAUAAGAAAUGCCCCUUCACCGGAAAUGUCUCCAUCCGUGGCCGUAUUCUCUCUGGUGUGGUGACCAAAAUGAAGAUGCAGAGGACCGUUGUUAUCAGACGUGACUACUUGCAUUACAUCCGCAAAUACAACCGCUUUGAGAAAAGGCACAAGAACCUCUCUGUCCACCUGUCACCUUGCUUCAGAGACGUCACAGUUGGAGACAUUGUGACUGUUGGUGAGUGCCGGCCGCUAAGCAAGACUGUGAGGUUCAAUGUCCUCAAAGUGACCAAGGCUGCUGGAGCAAAGAAACAGUUCCAGAAAUUUUAGGAUUGUGAUUGACUGAGCAGGCGAGUUGGCUGACUUGUUGCUGUGUCAAAUAAAGAAAACAUUGUUUAAAUAAAA